ACGUAUACUGAGCGACGAUGUGUCCCAGUGUAUCUGCGAUGGGCAGACGUCACGCCCGGAUUAUCCGUGGAUACGUAAAAAAUGCCCGACUCCGGAACCGAGCGUACCUGAGACGCCAGCGGCCACCACGCAGCGCCGCCAAAUUCAUUAACAAUACCCGAUUAUAGCGCAUCGCAUGACGUCGAGGACAAUGCGCGGCGACCGCCGCAUCGCCGCGUGGACGGUGUGUCUCAACUUCCACCUCGAAGGCCCCGGCUCCUGGCCCGUCUGCUCCGGUCUCGUACCCGUCCUAACGUCGAAACACAUCUCCCAACACUGGAACGCCGCCUGGCUCCACUGCCUACAGCAGCUGUCGCUACGCGCUGCGGUGGAUAAUAUACGCGGGGCGUUGCGCAGGUCCUACACUGCGCAUUCGACCACGAGUCUCGCCCACACGGAACCCGAGUGCUGCCUUGGCCUACGCUCUCGAUCGUUGGGUGCCCCGCCAUCGUCGGACUCGGUGACUGCCGUACGCACUUUCGGUCGCGAUCUCGCUGCGAGCUUCCGACCUAUGACGCACGGAUCGCGAUCGUCGAUCGUGUUACGCGCAUCCGCGUGCUUCGCAGUCCUCACUCAGGCCGAUUUUGAAGACCUCUGUGCUGCUGCUGUUCGUCGUAUAAUGCGAACAAGAGCUAUGAGGAGGGGCGUCCCUGAGGUCUUUGUGUACAACGCCCACCAGCGCACAGGAAACCGUUCGAAUUUCUUCGACAUCCUCAACGACAACGUACCGGUCCUCGGACCGUCUCAUGGGAAUUCUUCAGGAGCACUCGGGACGGAGCGCCUACUGUCUUCACUUCGGCGCGGUGGUCCUGAGAGAAUCCCUGUCGAAUGCGAGCGCCAAACUCUGCGCCGCCGCCGUCGUGACGGUUCUCGUUGACGGUUCUGCCCGUUAUGGCUCGAUGGGGUGGGCCGCUCUCGCCACCGCUUCUAAACAUAGCAUGCGGCAAUGGCCCACCUCCGGAGC